AUGGCGGGGUAUCUACGAGGAAAGCAGGCGGGCAUUCAGAAUGACCUGUCUGCCAGCAUUCGGCCAGAGCUGUUCACGCCCGACUACCAAGCCCGAUAUGGCAUCAACUCUCAGAUCAGGUGCAGUAGAGGCGCUCCCACAUGCUCCGACACGCAGGCUGUCCAGUCCUUGAUGGCCAUCGGUACGAGCGAAAGCAAGUUUGGCGCGGGAAGAAUAUAUGUAUUUGGCCAGCGCCGGGUGCAAAAGGUGCUGCAGCCGCCGCGAGCCACCUCGUUCCGGAAGCUGCACUUCUCGGCCAACCACAUUGUUAGCCUGGACAACAAGAACGAGCUCGGGCUAUGGGAUCUCAACACCGGCGCCCGGGUUGGUGCGCAGGUGGUGGCCGGGACUGUCGCAGCCCUGGUGGUUGAUCCGAUGCUGGACUGGGCCUUUAUCGGUCUACAGAAUGGCGACGUCAUGGCGUACGAUCUGGAUCGCCACUCUCUUUCGCGCUCCUUCCGGCUACCCAAUUUUUGGCGGGAGAGGGAUGCUGGUGCGCGAGCCGUGACCCUGGUUUGCAUGGCGAUGCAUCCUCGCGACGUGGGCAAGCUCCUCAUCGGCUACACGCACGGCGCCGUGGUAUACUCGUUCAAGCAGAACAAAGCGGUACAAUACUUUGAAUACGUCGUUCCGCGCGGAGCUCCUGGAGGAAACGGUGCCAACAUGGAUGCGAUUCGCAAACCACGACUUACACAUGCUUUGUGGCACCCCUCGGGCACCUUUAUUCUGACGGCACAUGACGACGGCAGUCUAGUUUUCUGGGACUUGAAGGAGUCCAAAGUCAUUCUCUCCCGAACUCUCACGGCUAUUGGGAUCGAAGUGCCGUCGUCUGCCCCUACCCAGCCGGUUUUCGUUGAACCAUACACCAGAAUCGCAUGGUGCUGCAAGGACAACUGCGACGAUUCCGGUCUUCUCAUCGCUGGCGGACACCCCUCCACGUCAAGCGAAAACGGCCUUACCUUUAUCGAUCUUGGUAUUACCCCGGUCUACGCGACAUCGUCUUGGCAAUCCCUCGCAAGCUACUUCCACGGUAAACGUAGUAUCCCAUUGGCGCUGCCCCCAGCGGCACAAGCAGUCGAUUUCCUCCUGAUCCCACGCUCCUCUCCACACUUCAAUGGCGCACAGGAUCCGAUCGCCAUCCUUGCUCUGCUUAGUGCAGGGGAACUUAUCACUCUGAGCUUCCCAUCCGGCUACCCUAUCAGUCCAACGAACCAACUCCACCCAUCGACAUUUUUUGUGCAUCCAUUCAUCACCAAAAUAAACGUUUCAAGCCUAGGGCGGCCUCGCUGGCUGUCCAUGAUUGAAAAACGAGAUCAGGGCGACCCGGUUCUCAAGGGCGGUGCGGAAGGCGCUCGACCUCGCAAGCGCUUCGAGGAGAGGACUAUUAUCCAAGCAGCCCACGCCGAUAGCAUAGUUCGCAUCUGGGAUUCGGGCCAUGCGGACGAGAUCGAAAAUGCCCAGCCUAUUCAGGUUGAUAUUGCUCGCGCACUUGAUCGCUACGAUGAUGUUGACAUCUCGUGCAUGAGCAUGGCAAGCAAUACUGGUGAAUUCGCCGUCGGCACUAGAACGGGCGAGGCCAUCGUCUUCCGAUGGGGAAAGAAUCGAUUCCAUGGAAAGACUGAAUCGCCCCCCAUUGACCCCAAUCCUAAGGGCUUGUCUGACAUCAGCUCUCGGGCUGAGCCAAACCUCAAGGAGGGCCUGCAGCCUUUUGUUCUGUAUGAGAUGAUGAUGGGGCCAAUCACGGCAGUCAAGGUCUCUGACGUGGGCUUCGUUGCAGUGGGAUCCGAGCUGGGCUUCCUCACCAUUAUCGAUCUUCGCGGUCCGCAAAUAAUAUAUCAGGCCCCCAUGACCGAUUUUGCCAAGCAAGAAAAGCGUGGCUCGCUUUUUAAAGGCCACAGUCGCUCUGAAUCUGCGCCUCAGAAGGAGUGGCCCGUUGUCAUGGAGUUCGGAGUCAUGACCCUUGAUGAGGACAAGUACUCUAGCAUAUGCUGCUUCCUUGGCACCAAUCUUGGCAAGGUCAUCACAUUCAAGCUUCUUCCCGCGGCGAAUGGCACGUAUUCUGUCCAGCUCGCUGGUGUGGUGGUCCUUGAUAGCAAAGUCAUCUCGCUCAACGCCAUCGAGGUCAAUACCGGUAGCCCUGCUGCGGCCACUGGACAAACCGUCGCUGGUCUACGUGAGGGAAAGCAAGUGAAUGGCGCGGUCGUUGCCGUUACGCAGACGGAAAUACGCAUCUUCCACCCCGCCAACUCCAAGGGUGCGUCCAAAGAAUUCGAUGGUUUGCUUUGCGACGCAGCGUCUGUUGCAGAGCUGGAGCUGCAAGGCUACGCGAUCGUCGCAGUGUUUGGCGACCGGUCUGCGCGCGCCUUCUCCAUUCCCGCGAUGAAAGAAAUUGGCAGGGCCGAACUGCCCACUCUGGACCCUACUAGACUCACCGGAACAGUAGUCACGCAGACGGGUGAUGUAUUUGCUUGGGCUGGCCCCAGUGAGCUAGAAGUGAUUCAUGUCUGGGGUACUGGAAAGGCACUGGAAGAGUCCCCCGAUGUGCUGAUAAACCCAAAACUCGACUGCCCUCCCCGUCCAACGAUAUCCAAUAUGCAGUGGAUCUCUGGAACGCAGUACGUAUCGGUUCUCGAUCUCGACAUCCUCGUCGGCGGCACCGACCGGCCGCCGAGCAAGCGCAUGCUGGAGGCCGCGGCAGCCGAGCAGCGGGCUGCCCGGCAAGGGGGUGCUGCUGCGGUAGGCGCUGCAGCGGGAGGUGCACAGGAGGGCUGGGGCUCGUACUUGUCCCGGCAGCUCGCGGAGCGGACGGAGAAGCUGAACAUAAUGGGGGACAGCAUGGACAAUUUGCAGGUGCAGAGCCAGGGCUGGGCAGACGAUGUCAACAAGUUUAUGGGGAAGCAGAAGCGUGGACUGGUCAUGGGGGCUCUCAAGAGCAAGUUCUUCUAA